AUGUUAAACCGCCAGGAAGCGUAUGAUGAACUCAUCAGUGGUACCAAAACACCAAUCAUAAGUGCAAGAACUUUGCGUGGGUCAAAAGCUUUAGCGCGUUUGCGCUUGCGCGAACGGUCGCACCAGGCUAAUCCAAACACUGAUGACUCCGAAGAUGAACACUUGGAUGAGGAAUUUACUUGGGAAAGGGACGGAGCAGAACUCUUGCCAGAUCGAUUUGAUGAGGAACGCCUGGUGCAAGAAAUCGAGCUCAAAGAUGUCCUAGCUAGACUUGACGAGCUAUGUCGGGAAGAACGUGGGCCGUUUUUGGAUGCUGAUGAAGGUUCGAAUUGGAGCCGGUACCGAGAAAUAGUGGAACUACACGCCGACGAGCUACACAUGGAUACUACAAUCCUCGAGCGGAUCAAGACUGGGAAUGGCCCACGUGACAAAAUCUUCGAAGACCUGCUUGCUCCAUUACGUUCGGAACCACUAGUACCAGAAGCUGAGGAGUCAGAAGCCGACAUGUUGAAAGUCCUGCUCGCCUGGAACAAGCGCAUUGCUGACAGCCACAAUGACGAUCUCACGACACGCCAGGCGUUCACCGCUGCUUUAGUGGAGAGGAUUAAUGUUGUUGACAGGGUCCUGGCGAUUGUGAGCGAGGAUAAGAAUAGCAACCACGAUGACAAGACUGGCCAGAAUGGAAUUCUGGAACCUUCUCGACGGCGUUUACUGAAAGCCAUCCAUGAAUACCGACCGGAGACUAGAAACUUCAGGAACCAGAACCCAUUUGACAUGCUUGUCAUCAUGUUGGCCCACGUUGAACAGCAAGAGUUUGAGGUUGCGAACAAAGACGAUUGCAUGUACCUUAUCUUCAAGGCAUUGAAUGGACAGGAGCAACUGAAGAAUCGCUUCAAUCGUGAGAAGCAGAGACAUUCGUAUCAAAGCCAGAGAGAGGACGCAGAGCGAGAUAACAAUCAGGAUGAAGUAAGACGAUGCACGACUAAAUGGAGAGUGUCCAACAAGAGAUUGGCAGAAAGAACAAGGCAGAAAUUGAUGACUAGGAUCCAACGCGCACGAAAUGAAUUAACAAAGGUCGGACUUGACGAGUUGUUGGAGUUAGCUGUGCUCCAAUCGGCCCAGCCACACGCUGAAAGGGAGAACGAUCCAGAUACUCCGCCCUGGAAGGACAUCUUUGGCAAAUGUACUCAGGCAGACGACUAUGAUACCCUGAAAGACAAACUCGAAAAGCACUUCCCGGAUAUGGAGGCUACUCUAGAAGCAACUGUAGAUAAAGUUCAAGAUAUGAAGACGACUCACAAUCUGGUUCUAUCUCGAACGGUAAAGUUCGCCGGCGCUGACCUUCAAGGUCGCGAUGAGGCUGAGAGAACACGCAUAAUAACGGCGCGGCUGAACGACCCAGUUACCGCAAGAAUGAUGGAGGAGACGUUGGAAGGCAUGUUGAACACGCAUCUUGCCGCGACGCAAACGCUCGUGAACUUGGUGCGGAUGGAGGAACCGAUGAGUGAAUUGUUGGCAGCUACGACAACGAAACACGACAACUUGUCGGAACUAGCCUGCUUGAUCAAUGGUGAUCAUGAGUUGAGUGCUAGUAGCGAGACGGAAGUUGAAGUUGUUUCUGCUGAGAGAAGUGAAGACAAAGAAGAUUGA